GCGCCAUCGAUGCUCGCGAGUUCACUUACGAUGCCGUAUUCCCACCAAAUGCCUGGCAGUCGGAUGUCUUCUGCCAGGCUGGGCUUCCGAUCCUACGCGAGUGCCUCAGAGGCUACAAUGGCACGAUCCUGGCCUACGGACAGACGGGCAGCGGCAAAACGUACACGCUCUUGGACGACUCGGGGCUUCUUCCCCGCCUUACUUCGGCACUCUUUGAAGCGAUAGCAGCGGACACUGGCUCCUUGUAUGAGGUGGACAUUAGCGUCGUGCAGAUCUACAAUGAUCAGGCAGACGACCUUUUAGACGAUUCCAGACAGAACCUCUCAGUUCAGAGCACUGGCACCACUGCGCUGACUUGGCAGAGGUGCCUCACGCCCCUUGAUCUCACAGAUCUUGUGCAUCGAGCACGUCAGAAUCUGGUUUAUGCCGAAACGCAGAUGAACAAGGCCUCCAGCCGGAGCCAUGCGAUCUUCCAGCUGAGGAUCCGUCGACGAGUUUCCUCGGAAGAUGGUGUGACAGGCACGUGCUCUCUCCUGCGGGUGGUGGACCUGGCCGGCUCUGAGAGGACGAAGAAGAGCAAGGUGGAGGGCCUUCGUCUCAAGGAGACGAAUGCCAUCAAUAGGAGCCUGCUGGCCUUGGGGAAUGUCGUGAAUGCUUUGGCUUUCCGGAAGCAGCAUGUCCCGAUCCGGGACAGCAAGCUCACGCUGAUGUUGUCCGAUUCCUUGGGGGGCAACUGCAAGACUGCAAUGCUCGUUUGUGUGGGCCCCUGUGCAUCGCAUGCAGCUGAGACGCUGAGCAGCUUGGAGUUUGCCUCCAGGGCAAUGCACAUCGAAGUCCACGCGUGCGUCAACGUCUUGCCCUGUGCAGCCGCCGAGCCCUGGGUGGAGGGAUAUGUGCAAGGCCUCUCCGAACAGGCCGAAGGCUUCCGCCUGGCUGCUGCUCGGGGGGCCGAAAGAGCCGCGCAGGCGGAGGAGGCACUCGUGGACGCUGAGCGCCGUCGAAGCGAUGCGGAGCUGAGGCUGGCAGCACUGGAGGAAGCCGCCGCGCUUUGGGAGGCACGUGCGCUGGACGCCGAAGCAGCAGUGGCAGCUGAGCGGCGACGCGCUGGAGACGAGGCUGCAGCAUGCGAGGCCCAGCGACAGCGAGAGAGGCAUUUGGCCGCCGAAGCCUUGGAACGAGAGAGACGCCACUCAGGCCGAUUGAGUGAUGCAGUUGCCUGCCUGGAAGAGCAGCUGGCUGAUCGGUCCAAGGUGAUGGCCGAGUGUAUGGCCCAAGCAGAGGAGCUUUCCGACCGAGCGCGUGCACUGGAGGUGAAGGCACAAGAGCAAAGCGCGAUGUCGGAGGAGCUGCAGCUGCAGUUGAACCGCAAGGAGCAGGCAUUGGCCACGGACGGGACGUCCUUCGCGUCGAUCAUCCGAUCUGCUUCCGCCAAGGAGGUUGCAGCCCAGAAGCUCCUCGCCGAUGCUGAGCGCCGCAGCGAGGAGCUGGCGCGCAAGGAAGGAGCACCGGCAUGCAGCUGCAGUCGUCGUUUUCGCGAUGUGCAGAGAACUGCAGAGUGCUUCGAAUCGGAGCGCCUACACCUGGUUGAGGAGUGCAGGCAAGAAGUGGAGCGUCAGAAGUCUGAGCUCCGGGCGCGCCUCCAGCUUCGCGAAGAUCGCGUGAACAGCCAUCUGGCUGACUGCAACCGACGCGCCGAGGUGGAGCUGGAGCGACGCCUAUCACUUCUGGCCUCGCGCGAGGCCAGUGCUGCCGAGGCGCUGAGGCAGAAGCAGCAGAUCCAAGACCAGGCCAAGACUAUUGAAGACUUGCAGCACCAGCUGGAACGCCAGAAGGAGCGCCUCUGGCGAGCGUCCAGCGAGCCUCAGAUCCGAUACUCGACCCGCAAGUCCGUGGCCGGAGAGACUCGGCGACCACAGCAGGUCCCUUUUGUUUCGAGGCAUGAGCCCGGCCCUCAUAGCAAAGCAUCGAGAUCGAGGAACAUGGCCACGCUGACGCUGCUCCUGCCUGCCCGCACUCCCUCCACAGGAACCUCCACUCCGGCGGCAUCGUGCUGCAGCGGUGCAUCCUCCAAGCCUUCCAUCUCCAGCAAGUCCUGA